GGGGCAACUUCGAUGGUGGUCUAGGGUCUAGGGACGGUAUAUAAACGUAAAACUUAAAUAUCGCCUGUCUGCAUGGGGCGGACCGUAUCUUUGUGACAACACCAACAACACGCCGCUGUCGCGAAAUUUCGUUCUUUGUUUUUCGCGCGUGACUAUCCUGUAGUGGAAACAUGGACGCAGCUGCUAUUCGGAACUUGAAAAUUAAGACGGGGAUUGUCAAACGAAUGACAAAGGAAAAGGCGGCCUACCUGAAAGAGGUCGAAGUUGAGAGGGAGAGGGCUGCCAAAAUGAAAGAAAUGGGCAAAGAAGAAUACGAUGUGAAGCGGCAGGAGCAAGUGAUCAAUGAGACCCUCAGCAUGGUUCCCGACAGCCACAAAAGGCUCCUGGUAGCCUACAAUGAACUCAAAGAGGUCCUGGAGGGUUCAGAACACCUCUCGGAAACGGAGGAAUACCUCAUUGCCAAGGAGGUGCUGGAGCAGGCGCAGCAGUCAUUAGAAUCUCUUUAGCUUAUCCAAAUUAUUUAGCCUAAAAAGAAAGAGGAUGCCUUCUUCUGUAUGUGUUAUCCGGGCAGCAAUGUUUGCUAUGUUUAAAUUAUUCAAAUCAUCUACAGCUUAUUUUUGACGACAGUUUCUUUCUCUAUUUUUCUUUUUUGCUAUAGAAACAAGUAGUUAGUUUGUACUGGAGUCUUCAAAUAUGGAGUUUGCUGCUAGGUGGAUAUUAAGUGACAGAGCAAGCAAGAUAUGACUAGGUGCAGUUAAAAUAUGCAAGGUUUAUGGACAAGUCUAGGAAUUCAUAAAAACUAGAUACAGAUUUUAUAGCUCUUGCAGAAAGCAAGCAUGUACGAGUAGUGCACUUCAAAAACCUUUUGGUCAAGUAAUUACAAAGCAUUUGGUCUCGUUGCCUAACUUUCUUUUUUUUUCUUUUUGCUUUAAGGGCGAUUUUUUUUUUUUCGUUAUAUGCCAGGUAACUUUGCAAGGCUCUACCAUAUUUUUUGUAUGUGAAUUUGUAAUAAACACCCUCAACAACA